AUGCAGCUCUCACGCCACCUCACCUUUACGCAGAACCUCAUAUCGGGUUCUGUGCUCUUCUUCACAGUCGGUGUCUACCUUGCCGUCCUCGGUCUCGGAGCCGGCGGCGGUAAGCCCUCGUCGCAGCGUGUCAGCGACAUCUCCAACAGCUCCCUCUAUGGCAUCUACGCCGUGUUUGGCUUCUUCACCGGCGCCAUCAUGAACAAGCUGGGUCCACGCAUCACAAUGACUAUUGGCGUCGCUGGAUAUCCGCUCUACGUGGCCGGCCUUUUUUACUACGAUCGUACGGGUCGUGAGUGGUUCCCGAUUCUUGGAGGCGUCCUCCUGGGGCUCAGCGCUCCGAUGCUGUGGUGCACGUCUGGCUUCAUUCAGUGGGCAUACGCGACAGAGCUCGAAAAAGGAAAAUAUAUCGCCAUUCAGUAUUUCAUCAACCAAAUUGGCAGUGUUGUGGGAUCCAUUGUGGCAUUUGGCAUUAUUUACAAUAAUGCCGCGUCAGCAGAAGACGGCAGUCCGACGAGCGUCUACAUCGUCAUGAUCAUUCUCAUUUGUUUUGCGUUUCCGUUGACUAUAUUUGGGCUUGUCAGCCCCAAGAACGUUCGUCGUCAAGAUGGGACGCCGAUUGCAGUUUUCCACAAUCUGUCACUUGCUCAAGAGCUCCGAGGAGUCGCUCGGGUACUGCGAGACUAUCGUGUGAUGGCUAUGCUUCCGGUCAUCUUCAGCUGCGAGCUAGUUCUCGGGAUUCUACCCUCUGUGAGCGGUCGCUACUUCAACUUGCGGACCCGAGCCAUGAACAACAUCAUCUUCUACCUUGUUCAGCUCCCUGCCUCGGUGGCCUGCGCUUAUCUUACAGACCGGUUGCCGUUUCGGCGAAGUGUUCGUGGGUACAUAUCUGUUGGAAUUCUCGGCAUCUUCGUCUUUAGUGGCUGGACUGCGUUGUUGGUCUGGGUCUCCGUCUCUGCUGCCUGGGCGUCGCCGCCAAAUGGAGGCGUUGAUUGGACCGACUACGACUUUCGCGGGCCGUUUGUUCUCUACCUGAUCUUUGGUAUAUUAUACGGCUCUCAUCAACAAAUCGGGAUGUGGGUCAUGGGGACUUUUACGAAUGAACCAACUGUUUUAGCCAUCUACGGUGGACUAUGGAAAGGUGUUGCUGCGGGCGGCGUCGCUGUUCAAUUCGGAAUGGCAGCUGCACAAGUAUCCUACCAAGCCCAGAUAGCAUUUGCUCUUGCUUUGCAGGUCAUCUCCAUUCCCAUCAUGCUUGUCUUGAUGAUGCGAGCUCGCGAGUCAAAUUACAGCGAAGAAGUCGAUGUCAUAGUCCCUCAGUAUGCAGAAAAGAUUGCCGCCAAACCUGGGGUCGAAGAAGCUGAGUCAAGCUGUGGUUAA